CCCGAUGUGGCUUCACGCGACAUACAACAGCCCUCAGCGCUCGACAACCAAGCAACCAUGACUCCCCAGCAAAUAAAGCAAAAGACUCACUCAUCCCAGCAAGGAUGGAUGUAUCCAUAUCACUUUGUGUGUUGCAUCGGUUGCGGCAGCGGCAGGGCGCUUGAGCUCGAGCUGCUGGCCCUCGUCAGGUCAGAGUGCGUGAAGCCACUCUUGGCCGAACUUGGACGGUUCACGUGGAUGAUGCCCGGCAAGCUGCUGGUGCUGGGCCGGUCGUGUGUGGAUGCUGUCUCGGCCGAGAAGGAUGUGAUGAUGGUGGGAAGGGAGGAGGGCGGCCUGGAGCCGACCCGCUGAUGCAUGUGCAUGUCCCCGCUGCCGCUGAUGCUCGACACACUCCCGCUCGUCCAUCGCUCCCGCACCACCUGCCUCACCGCCGCCUCCAUCAACACACACCCCGCACACGCAUCCCGCCCGCACCGUGCCUCAAGAAGACUCUCCAGCUGACUUUCGGUGGCAGCCACCGCCAAGGCCACAAAGUGUCCGCGGCAGACGGACGUGAAGUAGCGCUUGGCACUUGUGGCUGGUCGCAGGCCGCCGUCGAGGGAGGGCCUGGGGCUACGGCGAGUCACCAUUCGGCGUGGGAUCUUCUCGAUGAGUAAUUCCAGCUGGGUCUGGUGGCGAGAGAAGGCAGCGAUCACCUUGCGGGCAUCCUCUACCUGUGCACAUGACACACAUAAGUGAGCACACAACGUGGAGCGUCCGUGCAGUGCAGUGGUUUAUGCCUACGAUAUGUGUCCGUACCUCAGUGCGCUCAAGUCGUUUGAGUGCGGCCUUGAUUCUGUUGACCAGCUGUUGUCUUUCCAGCAUCAACAGCGACUCUUGCUCCUUCCUGUACCGAUCCAUCUUGUCCACCACCGCACUGUAGCUCUUCUCCUCCUCUCGCCGCGCCACCUCAUACUCGGCCGCCAGCCGCUGGUCCACUUCCGCAUUGUACUUGUCACGGUCGCGCGCCUCCAACUGCUCGGACAGGUCACUCAUGCGCGCCGCCUCUGCGAACCUGUGCUUUUCCAAAAGCCGUGGAGCGGCCAUGCGCACACUCAGCAAGGCUGAGGAGGCCUUCAUGUGCUUCUUGGCCUCCUCGCGCUUGGCCUCCAGGGCUUCGCGGAGGUGUGCGAGGGCGGCCUGCUUCCUGGCUUGUAGCUGAGAUGUGGUCCUCUCUAUGUGUCGCGUCAGGUUGGCCAACUGAGUGUCCCACUCGUCAAUUAGGAGUCUGCAGCGGGACACGACGCCAGAGGCACGACAUCCAGCGGGACGGGGUAUGGGUGGGCGCUGUCUCUGUGCUCACUUGGCAUUGUCCAGGAAUGCCUUUUGGCAGAGGUCGACGAGUUUCUUCCGUCGUCCCUCGAGCGCCUUUUCCACAUGCGCGAGCCACCUCGCCCGCCACCACGGCCACCUGGAUGACACCGGGAUGCAUCAUGACAUCCAUCGAUCAUACAGAGAGGUUGUGUUGUGUUGUGCAUGUAAUGAGUGAAUAGUGAAUUCAUGUCAUUAUUGGUUGGUGCCUCACUUCUUUUCCAGUCUGUUCAUCUUGAACAUGACAUCGUCGUCUGGCUGCUGUUGCUGCUCUCUUUGCUGGAGUCGCAGCUCGAUCCAGCCAAAGUACUGAUGGAGACACAUCAUGUGCAGCCGACACAGUCGGCCAUCGCGGGCAGCAAAGACGUCCCUGCUGGCUGCAGCCGCCGCCUCUGAGCUUCUCAAGUAUUUGGAGAGGACCGAGUAGAGUGAUUGCAGGGCCGCACUGUGUUGGAUGAAUCGCUGGAACAAGGCCAGGCAGACUGGGCAGCUCUGUAGGUCGGAUUCCGCGACAGCUUCAGCCGUGAGAGCCGUCAAUGCCUCCGUCACAGCUUGGUCCACCACCUGGACAAUUGUCGGUGGCGGAGUCACUGCACGGCUCGCGCGGAUCGCCUUGGCGAACUUAGCCCUCGCAGCCAAACUCUGGGGCGUCCUCCUAGCUUGUUGUGCCACCGUCCUGGCUCUUUGCUGCUGCCUUGCCGGCGACUCGUCAUCAAGCGUACCCGACGGGCUCAGUUGAAUCCCAUAAGACGAAGCCACGUUUUUCAAAAAGUCCAUCGGACUCGUUGGUGGCCUUGGAAACGCCUCGUGUGACGGCUUGACACCGAGCGAAUCGGAACGAGCGUGCGAAGGUUGGGACGGUGCAGAUGGCCGACGGCGGCGGCGGAAGCCAUCCGAGUGUCGUCUUGCCGGCGCACUGGAGGUCUCUGGGAUGGAUAGCGUGUGGGCCGACAUGGAUUUCUGGAAUCGAAGUUCCCUCCUUGUUGCCGGGCGACACGGGGAAGCGGCGUCUUCUUUCGCUGUCGCAUCCUCUGCACCAACAUCCCGGAUUGCCGCGGGUGGCCCCGCUUCAGGUGGCUCCUCCUGUCCCGAGUCCAGGGAGCCCGCGAAUGAGGGCAACGCAAUGAGCCCACUGCUGCCACUCCGCCGCCCGUGUUUGCCCUCUGCUCGUGGCGGGACGAGGGUCUUUUCCUUGUGCUGUCCGUCAGGGCUUUCCACGUCUCCUGGUGUCUCUUGGGGGGCCGCAUCGCCCUCUAAUGAGUCAGUCGACCACAUGGAGCCGCCAAGCUGAGGGCUGCCGAGGAGACGGGAGGGCAUAUUCUGCAGCACCCAUUCAUUCAUCACACGAAUGCAUUCACAUCGCAGACAUCGAGUGCAUUCAUGGGUGGCUUACUGCAUCGAUUUUGAAUCCUCUGAACUCCACUUUGUUCUGGUGUGGCUGGACUUCUGGGUCGAUGGCGCCUGCCGAGGUGAAGGCAUCAGAGGCACCAGGCGAGUCGGGGAAGAAGGAUGGGAGGCGGUCCGGCUGCAGGUGAGCCAUCGAUGGGCUCUUUCUCCCUAAUAUGUAUUGUAGUUCCUUGUGCAGUGACUUGUGCAGUGCAAAGGCUUCGGUUUUUGCCUUAGGACCUCCGGUCCCAGCAGCUGCUGCAGCAAGCAGCCCACAGAGUACAAACAGUGGUGAGCUGUGCAAAGCGGCGGAAGGAAGGUGAUGAAGCAGCG